AUGGCCGUGGUGCUCCGUGCUCAUCCGCAACUCGUGGCAAUGCUGGUUCUGCUCCUGUCCGUGCUCAGCUCGGCUGCGGGUGGGAAGCUGCUGGUGGUGCCGGUCGACGGGAGUCGUUGGCUCAGCAUGCGGGAAGUGUUGGACGUUCUCAGUCAGAAGGGACAUGAAAUAGUUGUUGUUGCACCUGAAAUAAACAAACAUAUAAAGCCAUCAAAGAAUUUUGUUAUGAAAACGUACCCAAUCCCUUUCACAAAGGAAGAGGUGGAUGGAAGUUUCCAUUCUUUUUCACAGGAAGUAUUUGAAGAAGGAUAUUUUCUGGAAAGAUUUCUUAAAGUAUACCAGAGACUGAAAAGAAUUUCUGACAUGACUCUCUCUACCUGUGCACACUUACUGUCCAACAAACAGAUUGUCCGAUAUCUUCAGAAGAGCAAGUUUGAUGCUGUCUUUACAGACCCUGUACUACCCUGCGGGCAGAUACUGGCAGAGCAUCUUUCAGUCCCUUCCAUUUUUUUUUUCCGGGUAAUGCCGUGUGGUUUAGAUUUUGAAGCCACUCAAUGCCCCAAUCCCCCUUCUUAUGUCCCCAGGGUAUUUACAGGCCUCACAGACCACAUGAGCUUUCUUCAGCGAGUAAAGAACCUAAUCCUUGACAUCCCAAAUUAUUUUCUCUGUGACUCUGUCUUUCAACCAUAUGCAAAACUGGCUUCUGAGUUCCUCCAGCGAGAUGUGACUGUACUGGAUCUCUGGCGCAAGGCUUCCAUUUGGCUCUUAAGGCUAGAUUUUGUGUUAGAUUAUCCAAGACCUUUGAUGCCUAACAUGAUUGUAAUUGGAGGAGUGAACUGUGCUUACAACAAGCUACCUCAGAGGUACCAGAUAUACACUGCGCUUGUUCUUUUUCUUUCUUUCUGGAGUUGGGCAGAAGGUGGGAAGCUCUUGGUCGUGCCUCAGGAUGGAAGUCACUGGCUGAGCAUGCGUGUGGUUCUGGAGAAACUCUGGGAGAGGGGACAUGAAAUAGUUGCAGUGAUUCCUGAUGCCUCUUUGCUCAUGAAAAGCUCACAAUCUUUCACCAUCAAAACAUACUCUGUGCCUUACACACAGGAGUUUUUGGAGAGAUUCUACCAUUCCAUCGGUGAAAAAAUUUUUGAUAACCCUUCCUUUCUAGAAAAAAUUACAAUUAUAAUCAGCAAUAUGUCAGAAGUGACUACUAUGUUCUCUUCUUCUUGUCGGAAUCUCUUAUAUGAUGAAGAACUAAUGAAAUACAUCCAGGACAGCAAAUUUGAUGCCGUUAUGAUGGAUCCUGUGUUGCCCUGCGGACCAAUUAUUGCUGAAUAUCUCUCUCUCCCUUCAGUGUACUUCAUGCGUGGUCUUCCAUGUACCUUAGACUACGAAGCCGCGCAGUGUCCCAGUCCUUUUUCUUACGUGCCAAGGAUUUUCAUGUCCAGUUCGGAUCACAUGACAUUUACAGAGCGUGUGAAGAACCACCUGGUUGGGAUUUCAGGGAAUUGGCUGUGUUAUCUGUUUUACUUAAAAUAUGAAAACUUAGCUUCUGAGUUUCUUCACAAAGAAGUAACCAUACUGGAACUAUUUAGCAAAGCGUCAAUUUGGCUGAUGAGAUAUGACUUUGUUUUUGAGUAUCCACGCCCAAUAAUGCCAAAUAUGGUCUAUGUUGGAGGCAUCAACUGUGAGCAGAAGGAGCCAUUACCAAAGGAAUUUGAAGCUAUUGUGAAUGCCUCUGGAGAACAUGGCAUUGUUGUUUUCUCACUGGGCUCCAUGGUCUCUGAGAUUCCUAUGAAGAAAGCCACAGAAAUCGCAGAAGCCUUGGGAACAGUCCCUCAAACGGUUUUGUGGCGAUACACGGGACAGACACCUCCCAACCUGCCGAAGAACGUAAAGCUUGUCAAAUGGCUGCCACAGAACGAUCUUCUAGCUCACCCUAAGACUCGUGCCUUUAUUACUCACGGAGGCUCACACGGUGUUUACGAGGGCAUAUGCAAUGCCGUGCCAAUGGUACUAAUGCCUUUAUUUGGAGACCAGAUGGACAAUGCCAAGCGAGUAGAGUCACGAGGAGCAGGACUGACGCUGAAUAUACUUGAAAUGACUUCAAAAGACAUAUCCACUGCCCUGAAAGCAGUUAUUAACGACAAAAAGUACAAAGAGAACAUCAAGCGUCUCUCAGACCUUCACCUUGACAGACCCAUCCACCCCCUGGACCUGGCUGUGUACUGGGUGGAGUUUGUAAUGAGGCACAAAGGGGCCCCACACCUGCGACCUGCUGCUCAUGACCUGAACUGGUUCCAGUACCACUCCCUGGACGUUAUCGCCUUCCUCCUCGCCGUGGUGCUCCUCUCCCUCUUCAUUUCUGUGAAGUGUUGCAUGUGCUGCUGCCGCAGGUGCUGCUGUAAGAAGGGAAGAACGAGAAAGCCAACCAAAUCAAAAUCCCACUAGUAGAUGAAACCAGUGGAAGGAGAUAAGGCUUCAGACCAGAAGGAUCAGAGAACAUCUCAAAUUUCACUAAAAUAAUCUCUGACUUUCAGUCAAGAAAUAAUACAGCAUUCUUUUAAACUAGCACCAUGGGGAGAGGGGUUGUUUCACUGAUACAGUUUUUGUCUUUAAUUAAGAAUCAUUGUUAAAAAUAAUUUGUAUAGGAGUGAUUCAGUCACUUAGGAAGAUGUCAGUGUGAAGUCCAAGGCUCCAAGCUUCCCUGCCUUGGUGUACAGAGGGCUCAUGGUGCAUUUUUUUUUAAACACCUAU